AUGUCCAACUGGUUCGGAGACUUGGAUUUGGCAUACAAAUAUGUCCUUGUCUUUGUGAGCUUGCUCGUCAUCACCAUUAUUGGUGGAUUCAUCAAGGUUCUCUACAACCGCCAAAAGCUGAGGAAGGCUGUAAAGACGGAACUGGAAGCUGGACCCAAGGAGGACACGGUCGAACUGAACCAGCGCGAAAAGGAUGAGGGAGACUUGUUUGGCAUCCGGGCUAUCGAGGCGGGUUUCUACGCUGGUGUUGCCCAGUCGCGUCCUACAUCAAGAGCCGGAUCCGUCAUGAGCGACCAUGCCGCUAUGAGCAACAGCACUCUGGUGGGAGGCAGCGUCAACUCGCCGCUCAUGAAGGGCCAGUCCAACAACAACAGCACGCUCAGCCUGAACCUCAAUGCAACCAGCGACUCAACCCGCCGUACCUCGCCGCCCACGGUGAAGCUCCGUCCCUCCGAGGCCGAACUGACUGGACGACACCACAUGGUCGACAUGUCGCUUCAAGUGCCCCCGUCUCCCGGCCUGCCUCGUGGAUCGUCUUCGCCCACGUUUGACAUGUCUGACAACGACCAUGAUGACUUUGGGCGGUCCUACAGCCCGUCUGGCCAAUCGCCGUACAACCCGCCCACGGGCAAGCUGCCGACGAUUCCCAACAUUGCCAUGAGCAAGGAACGCCGCUCGCCAUCGCCGGAGAACACUUACCCUCGCGUGCAGGUCCACGAGCCGAACUAUGCGCCUGCACUGUCAUUGUCCGCUACGCCUGGGCGAGUCGAGCCGCAAGCAUACUCGGCGCAGCACGAACGGGGCGGAAGCGAUGCGAGCAGCCACUACUACAGCAGCGCCAAGCGGGGCUGGCACGAGGCGGAUGGGCGCAGUGCGGAGCGCCAAGUGUCCGUGUCGACGACAAUGUCCGGUGGUCGGACGUCGUCGAUAUUCGCAUCGGUUGCUAGCGACGACGAGCACGAGCAGGGACCCACGCAGCCGCCAUCGAGCACGCUUCUUGUCCCCGCGCCUGUGGGAGGCAACGACGGGCGGUUGAGCGAGUUCUACGAGGCCUACUACCGCAACGAGCACUACCGCACCGAGCACGCCUUUGAUCGGCAGUCGGCCAUGGGCGACGACGACGCGUCGCCAGCAGCAACGCCCACCGUCUUCAAGUAG